GGGGCGUGGCGGGGCCACCCGUGAGGGCUCCUGCAGAGCAGUUCUCCGGCUCUGUGGCUCCGUGCUGGGCCUUCCGGCUUUGAGUGCGGGUCCAGGCCCCGUUAGCAAUGGCGCUGCGUGCGGCCGUGUUCGACCUUGAUGGGGUUCUGGCCCUGCCCUCGAUCAUGGGCGCCCUCAGCCGCGCGGAGGAAGCCCACGGGCUGCCCAGGGGCUUUCUGAAAGACGCUUUCCAAAGGGAGGGCAUGCGUGGUUCCAGCGCCCGCCUCAUGAGAGGAGAGAUCACAUUUUCCCAGUGGGUGCCACUCAUGGAAGAAGACUGCAGGAAGUGCUCUGAAGCCUCUGGAACCCGCCUCCCCGAGAGCUUCUCUGUACACCAGAUCUUUGACAAGGCGAUUUCCAUGAGAAGCAUCAACCGCCCCAUGCUUCAGGCAGCACUGACUCUCAGGAAGAAGGGAUUUAAAACCUGCAUCCUCACCAAUAACUGGCUGGAUGACAGAGCCAAGAGAAGUGAUGUGGCCCAGAUGAUGUGUGAGCUGAGCCCACACUUCGACCUCGUGGUUGAGUCGUGCCAGGUGGGGAUGAUCAAGCCUGAGCCUGAGAUCUACAAGCUUGUCCUGGACACCCUGAAGGCCAGUCCCAGUGAGGUUGUUUUCCUAGAUGACUUGGGAUCUAAUCUGAAGCCGGCUCGGGACUUGGGAAUGGUCACCAUCCUUGCCCGCGACACCAGCACGGCCCUGAAGGAACUGGAGAAAGUGACAAAGACACAGCUUCCCCAGACUCCAGCCCCUCUGCCUGUCCCCUGUAGCCCCAAUGACGUGAGCCAUGGGUACGUGACUGUAAAGCCUGGCGUCCGUCUGCACUUCGUGGAGCUGGGCUCUGGCCCUGUUGUGUGCCUCUGCCAUGGGUUCCCUGAGAGUUGGUUCUCUUGGAGGUACCAGAUCCCUGCUCUGGCCCAGGCCGGCUACCGGGUCCUAGCUAUGGACAUGAAAGGCUACGGUGACUCGUCCUCCCCUCCCGAAAUAGAAGAAUAUGCCAUGGAAUUGCUAUGUAAGGAAAUGGUGACCUUCCUGGAUAAGUUGGGCAUCCCGCAGGCGGUGUUUAUUGGCCACGACUGGGCAGGCGUUCUGGUGUGGAGCAUGGCCCUCUUCUUCCCCGAGAGAGUGAGAGCAGUGGCCAGUUUGAACACCCCCUUCAUACCAGCAAAUCCCAAGGUGCACCCCAUGGAGUCCAUCAAAGCCAACCCAGCCUUUAAUUACCAACUCUACUUCCAAGAACCCGGAGUGGCGGAAGCUGAGCUGGAACGGAACCUGAAUCGGACUUUCAAAACCUUCUUCAGAGCCAGCGAUGAGUAGCACAUUCCUAAUAGCUAAACCUUGGAAGCAGCCUGUGUUUCCAUCAGUGGGUGAGCAGAUAAGAAAAUGCCGUCCCAUAAAGAAGGACAAACUCCAGUCAUUUGUAGGAAAACGGAUGCAGCCGGAGACUGUAAUGUGAAGGAAACCAGACAUCAAGCUUAAGCACUGCACGCUUUCUUUUGUGUGAGAAACCCAUGAUGUCAAUAAAGUGCACAGCGAAAGACAGGAAAGAGACACACAGAGACACAGAGUGGAGGAAGUUCCUGCAAUCCCAUGGCCAGUGUAUCUAAAAGUGGACUUUAAUUGUCUUCAGUGUCUUUCAUGUCUUUUGCCUUGUUAGUCUGGCUGUUAAUCUGUGUUCAUGAUAAUUAACUUGAUAGAGACUUCUUAAAGAAAAAAAUACGAUGCUGGCAAAAUAUUUUUCAAAAAACAGGUGGCUGGGAAGGGGAAAAAACUGAGAUGUGAUACCCACAAUGAGUAUAUUCAUUAUAUACUGCAUGCAUGUGCUAAUAAAAUAAUAAACAAAAAGAAAAGAAUUUUUUAAAGCAAAAUUAAAAAGGCUACCUUGGCCUGAAAACUAUUUUUGCUUUUAAUCUUCAAAAAUGGUCUAUCCAAGGAUGGACUUUUCUUGUUGUUGCUUUGGAAGAAUCUGCCUCAAGGGUGUACAUUUCCAUAUAUUAAUUAAUUGCUUUUAUACACGUAUCACAAACCUGUGCUCUGUCCCUGCUUUGAAGUUUUUUUUUAAUUACAAAAGCUAUUUUUAUUCAUGAAAGUUGUAUUUGGUACUUUCUCAAAUCAUUCCAAUGUGUUCUGAGAGGCAUGUUAGUCCUGUUUUCAGUUCCCUUUAUGUCUUUAAUCAUCUUAAACACACUCACGUGUGAUUUUCUUUCCCUCUUCUGUUUUGUUUCAUGUGUCUGAUUGUGUCUUACUUUGGAGAGUCAUGCUUUGCUGGUAGCUGCACUGGCCGUCUCUUGCUGAGGGGCUGUGUGUGUGGUGACUGGCCUGAGGCCAUGUACACAGCGGCCCUCCAUACCCACGAGCCUGCUUCAGUCUGCACUGAGGAGCUGACCGUCUCGGGGCUCUGCCUUCCUCUGGAGCAGCGUAUUGGUUGCGUUACCCGCCCCAUUUUACUUUGCUAUUUGCAUCAUACGUCAGGCUUUCCUGAUCCCACAGUCAGAGUGAAAUCAGACACAAGUGUGGGUGAAAGCGGGUUAGUGCUGUGAAGUUUUAGGACUCUUUUUUUUUUUUUUUUUUUUCUGUAGCAAGCUGAGAAGGGUAAAUGUCCCUAACAUCUGUUGCCAUGGUGGGUGGAUUUUUCCUAACCUGCCCUUGAACUAAGAGUGUAAAGCACUAGACUUACCAUGGAGGGGCAGGCAGUGUCUCAUUCUUUAUUUUUUAAACCAGAUUUUACACAUUUUUUACAUACAUAAUGAUCACAUUCAUCCUAGAGAAUUUGCACCUGUACACUUUAUUCUUUUUUCUCCAUUCACCUACCCUCCCUUCAGCCCCUCUUUCCCUCCCUUUGACAAAAGCCUUGGUUCCAUUUUUUCCUUCUUUGAUCAUGUUUUUCACUUUUCUCUUCUUUCCUCCUCCCCUUUCUCUCUUAGACAUUUUCUUCCUAUUUCACAGUACCUGUUAAACAUUCUGGUCCUGAGUUACGCUUUCAGAUUCUCACAUCAGAGAAGCACUGUGGUGUUUACACAUAUGUGUCUCACUUAUUUCACUAAAGAGUGUGGUCUCCGUUUACCUAGGAAUGUCUCAAGCUAUUCCCUCUUUAUGGCACAGUAGUAUUCCAUUAUAUUUUUUAAAACCCACAUUUUCUUUCUUCAUUCAUCCAGGUGAUGAGUGUUUGGGCUGUAUCUAGAUAUGGCUAUUACGAACUAUGCUGUGAUAAACAUGGGAGUGCAUAUACCGCUAUGGUGCGAUGCUUUUAAUUCUUUGGGGACGAUACCCAGACAAGGAAUAGCUGGGUCAACUGGGACUUCUACUCGUUUUUUGAGGAAUCUCCACACUGAUUUCUGCAGUUAUUACCCCAGCCUAGGGAGUGUCUCAUUCUUGGUCCUUCACCCAUAAGAGAUCUCAUCUCAUAGACCAGUUGGUCGAUAAGUCCAAACUUGAGGUCCAGAUUGAAGCCAUCUCAGGCCAGAGCUUUGUCGCCAACACUGACUCAUGAACAGUUCUGUGGGGGCUUAGCGAGCUUGUGACAGGAUGGUCCUCUCUUGUCCAUGACUUCACUUUCCAUGGCUUCAGUUAUUCUGUGUCAACCAUGGUCCAUAAACAUUAAAUGCAAAA